GCUGCGAUUUCGAUUGAUUUUUGAUGCUGAUCUUCUUCGUGAUAGACUACUAAUCUUUCCCAAUCUAAUUAUUAUUCUCUGUUUGUUUUUCAGGUAGUGGAAGCUUGAUGUCUAAAUUGUUGCUGAAGUGCUUUAAUUAGAAAGAGAUGAGUUACACGAGCACUGAUAGUGACCAUAAUGAGUCACCAGCUGCUGAUGAUAAUGGAAGUGACUGCAGAAGUAGAUGGGAAGGUCAUGCUCUGAAGAAAGGGCCAUGGAGUUCUGCUGAAGAUGAUAUUCUUAUUGACUAUGUGAAUAAGCAUGGUGAAGGUAACUGGAAUGCUGUGCAGAGACAUACAGGCUUGUUUCGUUGUGGUAAAAGCUGUCGUCUAAGGUGGGCUAAUCAUCUGAGGCCAAACUUGAAGAAAGGAGCGUUUAGUCAAGAAGAAGAACAGCUUAUUGUUGAAUUGCAUGCUAAGAUGGGUAAUAGAUGGGCGCGUAUGGCUGCACAUUUGCCUGGCCGAACGGAUAACGAGAUAAAGAAUUAUUGGAACACUCGUAUCAAGAGGCGACAACGAGCUGGUUUACCACUUUAUCCUCCUGAAAUGCAUGUUGAAGCACUAGAUUGGAGUCAAGAGUAUGCCAAGAGUAGAGUUAUGGGAGAAGAUAGAAGACAUCAAGAUUUCUUGCAGCUGGGGAGUUGUGAAUCUAAUUUCUUCUUUGAUAGUCUUAACUUUACAGACAUGGUACCUGGUGCUUUUGACCUAGCAGAUAUGACUGCCUACAAAAAUCUGGGUAAUGGUGCAAGUUCUCCUCGAUAUGAAAACUUCAUGACACCAAUAAUGCCCUCCUCGAAGCGAGUUUGGGAAUCUGAAUUGUUGUAUCCUGGGUGUAGCAGUACCAUAAAGCAAGAAUUCUCGUCGCCUGAACAAUUCCAGAACACAUCUCCACAAAAGAUUUCCAAAACUUGCAGUUUCUCAGUUCCUUGUGAUGUUGAGCAUCCUCUCUAUGGAAACCGACAUUCACCUGUUAUGAUUUCAGAUAGCCAUACCCCUACGGAUGGCAUUGUUCCUUCUUCUAAGCCCUCAUAUGGGGCAGUGAAGCUGGAGCUCCCUUCAUUCCAAUAUUCAGAAACAACAUGUGACCAGUGGAAGAAAUCGUCAUCUCCUCCACACUCUGAUCUUCUUGAUCCCUUUGAUACUUACAUUCAGUCUCCACCACCACCAACGGGGAGAGAAGAGUCAGAUUUAUAUUCAAGUUUUGAUACUGGUCUGCUCGAUAUGUUGCUUCUGGAGGCCAAGAUCAGAAAUAAUACUACAAAGAACAAUUUCUACAAGAGCUGCGCUUCAACUAUUCCAUCAGCUGAUCUUAGCAAGGUUACUGUGUCCCAAACUAAAUCCGAGGAUUUUGACAAUUCCCUUAAGAGUUUGGUCCAUUCCGAGAUGUCCGCACAAAAUGCAGAUGGAAUUCCACCAAGGCAGAGAGAGAAAAAGCGGAAACCUCUCUUGGAUAUAACACGACCUGACGUUUUGCUUGCAUCGAGCUGGCUCGACCAUGGUUUAGGGAUUGUGAAAGAGACAGGUAGCAUGAGCGACGCACUCGCGGUUCUCCUCGGCGAUGACAUAGGAAAUGACUAUAUGAAUAUGAGUGUUGGGGCAUCCUCAGGAGUUGGGUCUUGUUCUUGGAGCAACAUGCCUCCUGUCUGUCAAAUGACGGAACUACCCUAACGAGCCCGGGAAAUCCUCAUGGACUAGCAACUGCCAAUGCAAGAACAAUAUCUUUUUCUUUGAGCCUUUUGUUCACAGCCGAUACUUUGUUGGCUUCUGUACCAAUAACCCAUAUCACGAUUC